AUGCCUCUAUACACACGACUUCCCGACGAGGUCGAGACUGUCGACAUUAUUGUCGCUGGAGGCGGCACUGCUGGCUGUGUGCUGGCUGCACGGGUAGCUGAGGCCGAUCCCAGCCUCUCUAUUCUUGUCAUCGAGCAAGGCAUAAACAACUACAACUUGCCGCAAGUCAUCUAUCCAGCUUUGUUCCCACAAAAUUUACUUCAGGACAGCAAGACGGCGCUGUUCUGGCAAGGCAAUCAAUCAUCCGAGCUUGCCAAUCGUGCACCCAUCGUGCCCUCGGGAGGCACGCUAGGUGGUGGAAGCAGCAUCAACUGGAUGGUGUAUACACGAGCACAGCGUAGCGACUUCGACUCGUGGAAUACCCCGGGGUGGUCAGCGGAAGAACUCUGGCCAUACCUCAAGAAGUUCGAGACAUACCACGGCCGCGGCGAGCGCGAGCAUCAUGGAUACAGCGGUCCCAUCAACAUCUCAAGCGGCACCUUCAGAGCCAAACGGGCAGAAGAUGACUUUAUCGAUGCAGCUGCGCAGUUGGGCUACAGCGAGCUGAAAGAUCUACAGAAUCUCGACGCAAACAAUGCUACUGAGAGAUGGCUUAGAUAUGUUGGGCUCGACGGUAAGAGACAAGAUGCGGCCCACAGGUUCAUCCAUCCGAUGCUUCAAAGCGGCGGAUAUCCAAAUCUCCACGUCCUAGUGGAGAAUCAACUCAUACGUGUUCUCGUCGAUGAGAACAAGCCAACAAGCAGACCGUGCGAGCCUCAAAGAAGAUCAUUCUUAUCCGCGGGCGCCAAUGGCACGCCUCUGAUUCUUGAGCGAUCCGGCAUUGGAGAUCCCAACGUGCUCAAACGAGUUGGGGUGCCACUGGUCGAGGCAUUGCCAGGUGUUGGCAAUGAAUACCAAGACCAUCAUCUUAAGUGCAUCAACGGCUUCCAAGACGGGCGAUGGGACGUCUACGAAGCAAUUAGGCGGAAUGAUGAGCUCCUUGGCUGGAACUCCAUGGACGCAUCUGGCAAAUUUCGACCAACCGAAAGAGACGUCGACGCUCUUGGUCCAGCCUUCAGGAAGUUCUGGGACAAGCAUUUCAAGAACGCACCGGACAGGCCAUUGAUGAUCAUCGCGCUGUACCUCGCCUUCUUCGGCGACCACGCCACACUCCCAGACUCUGCUGAGUAUGUCUCACUCGCAUGUUGGACAGCAUACCCCGAAUCCCGUAGGUCGAUCCAUAUCAAGAAACCCUUCAUCUCCAACGAGUAUCCAAACCCCGUGGACUUCGAUGUCGGGUAUCUCAACGACGUAGACUCUGUGGACGUCAAGAAACACAUCUGGUCAUACAAGCUCCAGCGCGAGAUGUUCCGGCGCAUGAGCAUAUACCGUGGCGAACUGGCUUCUUCCCAUCCGAGCUUCCCGCGAGGAUCGAAGGCUGCUGUUGUCGAGAGAGCCAAUGGGCCUGUCAGUGACGACACACCAAAGAUUGAGUAUACCGAAGAAGAUGACCGUGCAAUUGAGCAGAAGGUUCGAGAGACGGUCUCGACGACUUGGCACUCAUUGGGUACAUGCAAGAUGGCGCCAAGGGAGAAAGGUGGCGUCGUCGACAAGAACUUGAACGUGUAUGGUAUUAGGGGUUUGAAAUUGGCAGAUCUCAGCAUCCCGCCAGAGAAUGUCGGAGCCAAUACAAACAAUACUGCUUGA